AUGGAUAACUUCGAGUACAGCAUCCAGCUGAACGACCGGGAAUGGGCUGAGUUCCUCCAGGCUUCCGAGGAGUGCAGCCUGGCGCCGGCCUCGCUGGCCACGGCCGAGGAGCAGUGCCUCAGUGACAUUGAGCAAGGGGACGGCCCGGGACGGGACUGUCCCCGCGGCACCGCCGGGGUGACCGCAGCCCGGCCGGGCAGCGAGCCAGCGCCUGGCACGGCCAGCCCUGCCCCACGUGGUGACACCGGUGACACCGCCCUGCGCCGGCCGGAGCGUGGGCACCUCUCCGUGCCGGAGCUGCUGUCGGGCAGCGAGGACGAAGCGGAGCUGGGCUCUGUGGGCAGGUUCCUGUGCGACAGCGACAAGCCCAGGUGCCCGGCACCCGCUGCCAUGCCCAGUGCCCAGAGGAGGCAGCCGCCGCGGCCACCCGCGGCCACCCCGGCCGGUGGCACAGCCCAGGGCGGCCCCGGGCAGGACACGGCGGUGGCAGCGGCCGGGGGCAGCCGGGCCAUGGAGCCCCCCGGAGCCCCCGAGCAGGGCGGGGACACAGCAGGGGGACAAGCCCCGCCGGCACAGCCGGCGCUGGUGGCACAGCCGGAGCUGGUGGCACAGCCAGAGGCUCCAGCAGCCCCUGCCUCCGCCGAGAAAAGCGCUGCCCCCGCGGAGCCCGGGCUGCGGGGACCCGCGGGGGACCCCCCGAGCCCGUGCCUGGGGACGGGGCCCAGGGUGGCACCGGACGAGGAGAAGGCGGGCACGGAGCCGAGCUCCCCGGGCGGAUCCCCCAGCGUGGUGAGGCCCAAGGUGCCGGCGCAGCCGAGGAAGAGCCGCAAGCAGCGCGGAGCCAGCGCCACCGAGGGGGACAGGGACCCUGCGGCGGCUGCGGCACCGGGCGCCACCGGGGCCGGGAAGGCACCUCCGGGCUCCCCGAUGUCCCCUCGGAAGGGCAGAGGGAAGGACAAGGCGGCCAAGGGAGCACUGGUGAGGCUGGGCAGCGAGGAGGCUGCGGAGAACAAGCGGGCGGUGCCCGGCCCCGGCGUGGAUGGCGGCGAUGCCGGGACUGCUCCCCCAAAGCCCCGGGGGAAGGAGCCGGGGGCGCAGUCCCCAGGGAAGACAAAGGCCACCAAGCCCCCAAAGGCAGGGCAGGCCGGUGGCUUGGGCGUACGUGACAGUGUCCCAGUGGUCCCUGGCGACGGAGCCGCGGCUCCUCCAGGAGAGGCGAGCCAGGAGAUGCCAGGGAAGCCUCUCCAGCCCGGGAACGCGGCAGCAUUUGGAGGGAAUGCUGCUGAGGGGGCUGGGGGGGAGCCUGCAGCUGAGAUCCCUGGAAUUCUCCCCAGGGCCGUGAGCCCCCUGUGCUUUGCUGACGGGGCCUCUGGCAAGCCCAGCUCCCUGGAUGUGACCUGGCCCGAGAUGUACGAGUACCUGUUCUGUGAUUCCCAGGAGGAGGAGGAGCUGGGCAGCUCCCUGGAGGGGCGCAAAUCCCCCUUGCAGAGGGAGAUCUCCUGGCCCGAACUGUACGAGUAUUUUUUCACUGAGCCAGAAGGAAGCAGGAAAAAAGGCAAAGCUAAAGACAGGAAAAGAAAGAAGUUCAGAGGCUUGGAGCGCCCUGGGCUGCACAAGGAGGCUCCCAGCUCUGCUCCAGACAAGGACACCGUGGUUAUCUCAGUCCCUGAUGUGUAUGAACACUUCCUCCCAGAGACAGCCCCCAACAGGAUGGGCUGGAGAGGGAUUUUCUCCACGGCUCCGGCCUCCGAGGUGAAGAAAGCUGUGAGGGCUUUGAGGUCCCUGCUGCAGAGGCAGAUCCAGCUGGGAGGAGGCCAAGCCCCGACCUCCCAGGCCCUGGUGCCCAGAAGAUCCGGAGAGGAGCUCGCCCUGGUCCCGCUGGGAGGAGCCCAGGUGUGGCCAGAAGAUGCAGACAGGGCCCUGGCACUGAGAGGAGCAGCAGAGGACCCCCGGUUGCUGAGCCACAAGGACAUGUGCCUCGUCUUCUGCGCCUUCGCCUCCUGGGCGGUGAAGACAUCUGACCUGCAGGCUCCGGAUGCCUGGAAGACCAUGUUCCUGGCAAGCUUUGGCACCCUCUCGGCCAUCCGCUACUUCCGGAGGCAGGUCAGGGAAGGGCACCCCCGGACUUAACCCCGGCCACGCCGGAGCCGCUGCCCGGGGCCGGGACUUUGUUGUGGACAGUGGGAGAAGCCUGGAGCCAGCACCAAGAGCUUCCCCGGCCCCAUCCCCGGCGGGACAGGAUGGCACAGGGAGCGGGACCCUCCCGGCGACGGGAACUGACGGU